AUGACCAAUAACUGUUUGAUUACAAUUGGCGGUUUAAUAAGUAGGAACAACAUUUUAUGUAAUCCAUCAAUAAUCAACAAUCAAUCAAAAAAAUCACAUCGUACUUUUUCUAAUGGGGCGUGUUUAUUGGAUCCAUUAGGUCUUAUGGGAAUUUGCAAACAAUCAAAGCAAAGUUUUGAUGAUAUCAAGUGUACACUUGAUUUUAUGAAUAUAUUUGGUUGGUGUGUUCCUAAAAAACUAGAUUUUACACAACCAAUAUACAUUAUUAAAAAUCCAUCCCAAUUUCAAACACCCCGAUAUUACCCUGAUCAACAACCCCCAUAUUACCCUAAUCAACAACCCCCAUAUUACCCUAAUCAACAACUCCCAUAUUACCCUCAUCAACGACCCCCAUAUUACCCUAAUCAACCACCCCCAUGUUACCCUAAUACACAAUCCCACUAUUACCCUAAUCAACAAUCCCCUCAUUUCCCUAAUCAACAAUCCCCAUUUAACUCUAAUCAACCACCCAAAUGCUAUUUUAAUCCACCAUCCGACUUUAAGAACCUUUUACGACCAGACAAGAAACCGUCAAUAAAUCUCAACGAACGACCGCCGCCAUUAAAUCAAUAUGAAUUCAAUCCCAAUGAAAUACCUCCAAUAAAUCCCAUCCAACUACCACAAAAAGAGUGGCUACAAUUGAACCAAAACAAACCAUACGAAUUCAAUACGACUCCCAAUCCCCCAUAUUCCUCUAAUCAACAACUUCCAUAUUUCCAUAAACAACAAUCCCCAUUUAACUCUAAUCAACAACCCAAAUGUUACUUUAAUCCACCAUCCGACUUUAAGAACCCUUUACGACCACACAAGAUACCGUCAUUAAAUCCCAACGAACGACCGCCGCCAUUAAAUCAGUACGAAUUCAAUCCCAAUCAAAUACGUCCAAUAAAUCCCAUCCAACUACCGCAAAAAGAAUGGCUACAAUUGAACCAAAACAAACCAUACGAAUUCAAUACGACUCCCAAUCCCCCAUAUUCCUCUAAUCAUCAACCCCCAUAUUUGCCUAAUCAACAAACCCCAUUUAACCCUAAUCAACAACCCCCAUAUAACCUUAAUCAACCACCUAAAUGUUACUUUAAUCCACCAUCCGAUUUUAAGAACCCUUUACAACCGCACAAGGAACCGCCAUUAAAUCCUAACGAACCAACACCACCAUUUAAUCAAUAUGAAUUCAAUCCCAAUCAAAUACCUCCAAUAAAUCCCAUCCAACUACCGCAAAAAGAGUGGCUACAAUUGAAUCAAAACAAACCAAGUUGGCAAAACGUCAACAAGAAACCAUCAAAAAAUAUCAUCCAGUUACUGUCAUUGAAUCCCAAUCAACGACCAUCGUUUAAUCCAGACCAAUCACCGCAAACACUCUAUUACGAUUCAGAACUAUCGAAUGAGGAUUCUAAUCAACAACCGCAAUCACCUAACGACAAUGAAUUCAAUCAAAGCAAUCCAAGUUUGCCAAAUUUAAAUCCACAAUCACCAAUUAUUCAAACCACCAAGAAACCGUCGGUUGUUCAAUCAAUCGCAAAGACCUCCAAUGAGGAUUUUUCUGAGAAAACCGAGGAAAUUGAAGACUAA